CAGGAACCUCAUUUUCACGAUUUCUACUGGAAGCAGACAAUCUAACGAAUCAUUACAAGAAUAAGAAGAAAUGUCAUUUCAAGAAGAAAUACAAAUUCCUAGUGUAUUCAGUUACAGUUAUAUUGGCAAUCUGAUAAGAGUGUAAAAUUACCUAUUAUUCUUGCUUAAUGCAUAUGAUAAAGCUAAGCGAAUCGUGUGAGGAGAAACAUGUCCUCUGCUAGUGAUUUAUCUCGAUCUCACGAAUAUUUGAGUUUUCGAAGCUCUGUACCACUCAGAAAAAUCGUUGUUGAUGUCGACGGUACGAAGGGAUGGAAAGUAUACGACUCAAAUCCAAAGACUGUGAAAUGCCCACUUAUUUGCCUCGCUCCCGCCAGCGGAACUGCAGACGUUUUCUUCAAACAAAUCCUAGGACUAGCAGCUAAAGGAUAUCGAGUAAUAUCGGCUGAGGCACCUGUUUAUUGGAAUGUUAAAGAAUGGUGUGACGGUUUCAGAAAAUUGUUGGACUACAUGGAAUUAGACAAGGUUCACCUUUUCGGCGCUUCUCUGGGCGGGUUCCUGGCGCAGAAAUUCGCUGAAGUAAAUGCACAUUGUCCUAGAGUAGUGUCACUAGUUUUAUGUAACACAUUUACGGAUACCUCUGUGUUCAGUUACACUGACUCCGUGGCUGUUUUCUGGAUACUUCCAUCACUCGUAUUGAAAAAGAUGGUGAUGGGAAAUUUCGAGACAGAAAAAGUGGAUGGAGAAAUUAUUGAAGCUAUUGACUUUAUGGUCGAAAGGUUGGAAAGUUUGACACAACCAGAACUGGCCUCGAGGUUAACAAUGAAUUGUGCGAGUUGCUACAUCCAACCUCAGAAAAUUUGUCACUUGCCAAUCACUAUAAUGGAUGUCUUUGAUGAAUACGCUUUAUCAAAUGCCGUCAGAGAAGAAAUGUACAAAUGCUACCCCAAUGCCAAAUUAGCACACUUGAAAAGUGGCGGCAAUUUUCCAUAUUUAAGUAGAUCAGCAGAAGUCAACCUGCAUUUGCAGAUUCACUUGAGACAAUUCGAAGGAACUGAAUACGCAGCUACAGACAGAAAACGAGUAUAAGAAGAAAAUCAAUAUUUUGAGCAUACAUAAUUGUACAUAAAAUUACUGACGUGAAAGUUACCUGAAUCUGUGACGGAAACUAGGGUGGAAAAAAAAUAAAAUAAAAUGAAAGAAGAUGCUUAGAAUAUAACAGAACAUAAUGAAUUUAUUUUGACGAACUGCAAUUAUAAGUGAUAUACAUUAUACUUAAAAUGUAAUAUAAGUGCUCAGCAGGACAAAAAUCUGAUCAGUGCUGAUCUAACUGUAAAUAGCAUAUGCCUAAAAUCUUGCUGCAUUCCAAACUUAGCGUUACCUUAUAAACAUCAAACAUUUUUCAAGUCUCACGAAUUCAUAAAUGCGUAAUAUUAUUGUUUAUUGUUAUUUACUUUCUAUUUGUUAGAAUAUUGUUAUGACUGUGUGCGUGUAAUUUUCUUUAAAGUAUGAUUAGUAAUUAAUUUUUCUGGUAAUC